AUGCUCUGUCCGAUAGCCAGCAAGCGCACGCCGCGUCGGGUCGGCGCGCUAGUGCAACAGCAAGUGCCACCAGAAAUCACCGAGAACGUGGAGCUCCAGCAAGCCAUUGCUCAGUUGCCGGGCAACUACAAUUUUGAGCUUGAAAAGUCCAUCUGGCGAUUGCAGCAGAAGCAGGCCAAGACAGUGGCGUUGCAGUUUCCCGAAGGACUGCUCAUCUUUGCGUGUCCAAUUGCGGACAUCUUGCAAAAGUUUGCCGGCGUACAGACACUCAUCAUGGGGGAUGUGACCUACGGGGCGUGCUGUGUCGAUGACUACUCGGCUCGUGCCUUGGGGGCAGACUUUUUGAUUCACUACGGUCACAGCUGCUUGGUGCCGAUUGACCGGACCUCGAUCAACAUGCUCUAUGUCUUUGUCGACAUUCAGAUUGACAUGAAACACUUUCUAGACACGGUCAAGUUCAACUUUGCUCCACAGAGCCACCUGGCACUGGUCUCGACCGUUCAAUUUGUGUCCACGCUGCAGAGCAGUCGGUUGGAGUUGGAGGCAGCUGGUUACAAAGUCACCAUUCCACGAGCACAUCCUCUGUCCCCCGGCGAAAUCUUGGGCUGCACCUCACCACGCAUCGCCGAGGACGUGGAUGCCUUGGUGUACCUCGGUGAUGGUCGUUUCCACCUCGAGUCGAUCAUGAUUGCUAAUCCGGCCUUGGCAGCCUACCGCUACGACCCUUAUGCCAAGGUGCUGAGCCGUGAGGGCUAUGACACUGAGAAAAUGCAUCAGAAUCGCCAGCACGCCAUUGAAACUGCUCGUCAGGCCACACGUUUUGGUAUUGUUUUAGGCACGUUGGGCCGGCAAGGCAGCCCGGCAGUGCUUGAAUCGCUCAAAAAGUUGCUGCGGGAUGCUGGGAAAGACUUUAUUGUCGUUUUGCUUUCCGAGAUCUUCCCCUCCAAGCUGGCUUUGUUUGAGGACGUGGGCGCGUGGAUCCAAAUUGCUUGCCCGCGCCUCUCCAUUGACUGGGGCACUGCCUUUCCCCGGCCUCUACUCAACCCUUAUGAGGCGGCUGUCUGCCUCAACGGCGUCUCGUGGCAAGCGACCUAUCCCAUGGACUUUUAUGCGGGCAAGGAUAGCUUGGGUCCGUGGACGCCAAAUCAUCCCUCGCACCGACCACCACGCCGCAGUCGCGCUGCAGGCAACCGCCCCGAUCGGGCCCGCAAGUCGGCGGCGUCCAAAUCAUCACCAACUGAUCCAAGCCCGGCGACGACAGUUCCUACCGAAGCUCCAAGCACAUGA